GGGAGCAGGACACAAGGUGCCAAGCCAGUGUCUGCCCGAUUUGCCUCCCAACUUCUUCCUUUAAGCACCAUGGGGAAGGACCGGUUGGAUGUGGGACCCAGGGUCUGUCUCUUGUUCUUGUUCCUGCUCCCUGGGGAGGCAAUGAUACCCACUGCAGAACCACAAUACUUAGUGAUGGUGCCUUUUCUGAUCCACACUGAGACCCCUGAGAAUAUCUGCAUCCAUCUGAGCCAUUUGAAUGAGACUGUUACUUUGAGUGCCACUUUGGAAUAUGGAGCACAGAACAAGAGCCUAAUCGAUAAUGUGGUGUCAGAGAAGGACUUCUUUGCGAGCAUCCCCUUCACGGUACCCAAAUGGAACACUACCCCCGAAGUGAUCCUCAGAGUGGUGGUGAAAGGACCAACCCACCAGUUCAGAAGCCAAAAAGUGGUGUUGGUCAAGAACCCGGAAAGCCUGGCCUUCAUCCAAACAGACAAGCCCAUCUAUAAGCCAGGGCAGAAAGUUCUGUUUCGAAUCAUCUCUCUGAAUGAAGAUUUCCUCCCUCUGGAUGAGAAGUUUCCUUUGGUUCAUAUCCAGGACCCCAAAAGGAAUCGCUUAAUCCAGUGGCAUGAUGUACAGCUCCAGAAUGGCCUCACUCGGCUCUCCUUCCCUCUCACUUCUGAGCCUGCCCCAGGUCUCUACAAGGUGGUAGCGCAGCAAGCUUCGGGGAACAACAUUGAACACACAUUCAAUGUAGAAGAAUAUGUGCUGCCCAAAUUUGAGGUCUCAGUGAAGGUACCCAGAAUCAUAAUGAUUGAGAAUAAGGAACUGAAAGUGACCGCUUGUGGAAGGUACACCUAUGGGAAGCCAGUCCCUGGCCUGGUGGAGGUUCAAGUCUGCCGGAAUUAUCAGAAUCACAGAAGCUACUGUAGUGUCAGCAAAACAAUAAAGGGCAUCUGUGAAGAAUUCAGCGGCAAGGCAGAUGUACACGGAUGCCUCUCUCAGGUAGUGAAAACCAAUGCAUUUCAGUUGAUGAGAGGAGGGUAUCAAAUGAAGAUUGAGGUGACAGCCAAGAUCACAGAAGACGGCACAGGAGUGGAAUUCCUGGGCAAAGGUUCCACUGAAAUCACCAAUACUGUCAGCAGACUUACCUUCCAAAAACUGGAUACUUAUUACAAGCCUGGGAUCCCCUUUUUUGGGCAGGUGAAGCUAGAGGAUGGUAAGAAGGUGCCAAUUGCCAAUGAAACAAUCCAGAUUCGUAUGACAUCUCCGUCCACUACAUCCACUACCAACUAUACAACUGAUGACCAGGGGAUAGCACGGUUUCCCAUCAGCACUGACAACUUCACGGAUGCUUAUUUUGAUUUGGAAGCGGCUUAUAAAACGGAAGAAUACUGCUAUGAUGGGAACUGGGUCUUUGCUUCUCAUCAGAGAGCCUAUCAAAAAGUAUAUCUCUUCUACUCUCCAAGCAAAAGCUACCUCCAUAUAGAGCCUGUUGCUGACACUUUAAGCUGUGAUCUCGCUCAGCUAGUCAGAGUACAUUACAUCUUGAAUCCGGGUGCUCUGCCAGAGAAGAUCCACUUUUAUUAUUUGGUGAUGGCGAAGGGGAGCAUUGUGCACUCUGGAAUCCAUGCGGAGCCUGUGGAACAUGCAGUAGCCAAAGGGGUGUUUUUUCUGGAUUUUGAUGUGGACGUCCAUACUGCUCCCUUGGCACGCUUGCUUGUAUACGCCAUUCUGCCCAGCGGAGAAAUCGUUGCUCACACAGCAGAUUUUGCUGUGGAAAACUGCUUUUCAAACAAGGUGAAACUGGCAUUUUCAGCUGCCGAAGGCCUGCCUGGCAGCGAUACACAUCUCCACCUUGCAGCCGCCAGAGACUCCCUUUGUGCUAUCCGUGCUGUCGAUAAGAGUGUCCUCCUUUUGAAGCCUGAAGCUGAGCUUUCACCUCAAACCGUUUAUAAUUUGCUUCCUGUGAAGGACCUCCGGGGCUAUAGCUACCAGAAUCACUAUUUGGAUGAACCAGACGUUGAGCACUGCGUGGCUCCCAAAAAUAUUGUUGUGGAUGGCAUUCACUACACCCCUGUUGCUCAUGAUAAUAAAGGGGACGCCUACGAACUCCUCAAGAAUGUUGGCCUUAAAGUUUUUACUAAUGUCAGGAUCCAUAGGACCGUGUUCUGCAGUCAUGUAAAUCUAUACAGCACUCCAGGCGUAGCAAGGACAUACGUUGCAGAGAGCGCACCCAUCGCAUAUGCAAUGUCAGGACCAGGAGCUUUGCCAUCAAUGCCUCCCGAAGACGCCGACGUGGCAAAGCCCGCCAGAAGCUUUUUCCCCGAGACGUGGCUUUGGUUGGAAACACCAGUCGACUCUGAUGGACAUGCAAAUGUGCCAGUGACCAUUCCAGACACCAUCACCGACUGGAGUGCGAAUGCCUUCUGUACAUCAGCGGAGGCCGGCUUCGGCCUCUCCGAUACUGUCUCCCUCACAGGCUUCCAGCCCUUCUUUGUGGAACUCACCAUACCUUACUCGGUGGUGCGAGGGGAAGCCUUUGAGCUGAAGGCCACUGCCUUCACCUAUCUACAAGAUUGCAUCAGAGUAAGCAUAUCGUUGGCUCCCUCUCCGGACUUUGUGGCUUCUUCGCUAGGAAAUGAGGAAGAAUCUUACUGCCUGUGUACAAAUGAAAGGCAAACCGUGUCAUGGACGGUCACGCCAGAAACUUUGGGUGAAGUGAACAUCACAGUGACCGCCAAGUCCCUGGACUCCGAACAGCUGUGCGGGAAUGAAAUAGCGAAGACCCUCAGCGAAGGACAAACAGACACCGUGAUCAAGCCACUUUUAGUCGAGCCUGAAGGAGUGGAGAAGGAGGUGGUCUUUGGCUCCUUGGUCUGCGGAGCUGGAGAGAAAGAGGCUGCCCCCGUUUCCCUAAAGGUACCAGAAAAUGUAGUGGAAGGCUCAGCCAGGGCCUAUUUCUGUGUGCUGGGCGAUAUCUUGGGUACAGCGAUACAGAACCUGCAGCACCUUCUCCGGCUUCCCUAUGGCUGUGGGGAACAGAACAUGGUCCUCUUUGCCCCUAACAUCUAUAUCCUGGACUAUCUCAACACGACAGAGCAGCUGACUGAAGAAAUCCGGUCCAAGGCCAUCAGCUACCUGGUCUCUGGCUACCAGCGGCAGCUGAACUACAAGCACCACGACGGCUCUUACAGCACCUUUGGACCUCAUUGGCGAGAACUAGAGAAAGGGAACACAUGGCUGACAGCGUUUGUGCUCAAGUCCUUUGGGCAAGCCCGUCGUUAUGUCUUCAUAGAAGAGAAGCACAUCGCGAGCGCCCAGAACUUCUUGGCCACUCAGCAGAAGGAGAACGGCUGCUUCCAGAGCUCCGGACACCUCCUGAACAAUGCCAUCAAGGGUGGCGUGGGCGAUGAGAUGACUCUGUCUGCUUACAUCACAGCUGCCCCUGAGAUUUCUGUGCCGGUCUCACACUCGGUGGUACGUAAUGCCCUCUUCUGCCUGGAGACUGCAGCACAGGCAAAAGACAUCCACGUCUUCCGGGCUCUGUUGGCUUACGCCUUUGCCUUGGCAGGGAAGGAGGAAAAGAGGAAAGAGAUGUUGACCUUCCUCGAGGAGGCAGCUGUAAAAGAAGAGGACGGCUCCAUUCACUGGCAGAGGCCUGAGAGGCCACAUGAGGAGGUCAGGCAGCCCUUCUACCAGCCCCGAGCUCCCUCCGCAGAGGUAGAGAUGACCUCCUACGUACUCAUGGCUUACCUCAACGAGAAAACAACGCCAUCCCAAGAGUCUUUGACGAAGGCAUCCAACAUUGUCAAAUGGCUUAGCAAGCAGCAGAAUCCCACGGGCGGAUUCUCUUCCACCCAGGACACUGUGGUCGCCCUGCAGGCCUUGGCCCUCUAUGGGGCUUCCACCUACUCCAAGAGCGGAGCACGUGCCGAAGUGGCACUGCUGUCUGGGAAUGAUGUCCAGCACCAGUUCCAGGUGGACAGCACCAACCGCCUGCUGCUGCAGUGCCAGCCUGUGACCGGAGUGCCUGGAGAGUACGUCAGGGAAGUGACUGGGCACGGGUGUGUCCAUGUGCAGACCACCUUGAGGUACAACGUGCACCCCAGCCACGAGGGUGAGCCUUUCACGCUGGAGGUGCACACGGUUCCGGAGAUCUGUGAAGGACCCAAAGCCAACAGAGUUUUUGAUGUGACUAUAAAUGUCAGUUACACUGGCAAGCGCCCAGCUUCCAACAUGGCGAUUGUUGAUGUUAAGAUGCUGUCAGGAUUCAUUCCAGAAAAAUCAUCUGUGAAAAAGCUAGAAAGGCAAAAUCAAGUCAAGCGGACAGAAGUGGAUGCCAAUCACGUCCUGCUGUAUUUGGAGCAGGUGAACAACGCAACCCAGAGCUACUCCUUCAGGGUGGUGCAGGAUGUGCCAGUUCAGGACCUGAAGCCUGCCCUGGUGAAAGUCUAUGAUUACUAUGAAACAGACGAGUCUGCCGUGGCUGAGUACAGCGCUCCCUGCAGUACAGGUAGAGUAUGAACACAGGUUGUCCCUUGCAAGAUGUCCCAACUGUGCUCUUUGCUUACAUUUCUUCUCUCCAGUUUACUUUCCUUUCU